AUGGCCGAACCAAGACAUAUCAGCACGUCCCGAGGCAAGACGAUGGCAGAGAUGACGCCCGAAGAACAAUUUCUCUCGCGUCUGAUGGGUGGCUAUAAGCCAACCGGAAAUAAAACACGCCGACCUUUUCAAGAGCUGGGCAUUCAAAAUAGCGUGGCCGACCAGGAUGGUUUGAUGAAUGUACUCAGGCAAUUAUUUUACGACGUCGCCAGCCCAUUGAGUGACGACAACAGACGCGGUCUACUCAGGUCCAGCAUUCGACGCGACACGAUAAGAAGAGAGAUUCAAGCCCGACUUCCCUUGCUGCCAGCGACAGUUCGUAACUAUACAUCCAAUGUAACCAGUCUCGAGCCGCUUCUUUACGCAAUGUUUGUAGCUCUUCAACCGGAGUUCCGUGUUCUAUUCGAUCAAGGUCAACUUGUGCCGCAGCAACCUCUGCCAGCCAAACUGCCUCAACCAGCCAAACUACCACAGCCAGCCAAACUACCACAGCCAGCCAAACUACCACAGCCAGCCAAACUACCACAGCCAGCCAAACUACCACAGCCAGCCAAACGGCGUCGAUCUAGCUCAGUAGUCCGUCUAAAACCACCAGGUUCUUCUGCUGGCACAAAGCGCAAGAAAGGAGACGAAGAGAAUGAAGAAGACGAUGGCCGUGAUUCCAAGAAGCGAAAGAAAUAUCGGCCCGACAUCCCAGGUCAAAUAAAAUAUCCUCCCGUCAGGAAUAUUAAUCCGAAUGUGCCGGAUGAACCUGAUGAGCCGCCUGCUAAGGAGCCUGCUAAGGAACCUGCUAAGGAACCUGCUAAGAAACCUGUCAAGAAGCCUGAGCCAGUGAUAGACCCUGCAUUGAAGGACUAUGUGGCUCCAAAGGAUCUCAACAAGCAGGCUCCAUAG